AUGCAGCAGGCGGUCACCCAACAGCCGAGACUGUCUAUGGUGAAGAGGCCGUCCUCAGACUUCGAGUACCAGCACACGGCAACGCUCGACCCGGGGCACGAGUGGGACGCCUGGGGGUCAGAACCGGGACUGGGCGUCACCACGACAACCAUCACCACGAUCUCGCAGACCGGUGGAGACUGGAGCACGGGGCUGUUCGACAUCUGCAGUGACAAGAACACCGGGAUUCUUGGAGCAUUUGCACCGUGCCUGUUGGACCUCAGUUUGGCGCAUCAGUUUGGUGAGACUUUCUGCUUGCCUCUCCUGCCGGGGUCCACACUCGCACUCAGAGUCGGGAUCCGAGAACGAUACAAGAUCCAGGGCAGCGUCUGUGACGACUGGACCACCGUGUGUUGCUGUUAUCCUCUGGCCUUGUGUCAGAUGAAGAGAGAGAUGAAGAAGAGGAUGAAGACGAAGACCUACCAUGUAACCACAGCUAUGGACUGCUCCUAA